AUGAACCGGAGAUGGGCCGCUUUAUACGAGACCGCCUGUUCGUGCGAGGCCUCGAGAGGGGGGGCGUGGGAGGCCAAAAGGGUUGCUUGGUUCCUUUCUCGUGCUGCGACGUGGCCCCGCCGCCACGGCCAUUUUGAGUUGGCGCAUUGGAUGGUUCCUGGGCUUGGUGUAGCAGUUGUGCAUCACAUAAUUGCCUCUUUUGUGCCGGCCCAGUCCCCUUUGGUGCUGGCGACAGGGCAGACGAGCAAAUGCGGCGCCGGCCUUGGAUGCCCCUCGUGCCUUCCAUCCAUGCAUGGUGCCCCUUCCCUGGCCUGGCGCUGGCCUGCGCCGCCCGCCCAGUGUGUUGGGAGCAAAAGUCGCCUGUCGGCUACCGGCGUGCUCCGCCCGGCUGCGGCCAAUGGCGCGCCAUUUUGUGCACUCAACUCGCGGCUGGGCCCCCCAGCAGAGUUGAGCUUGGGCAUGUCGCCUGCUGCGGGCAGGAGCUCUAGCCUGACGCCUGCCUCGUGGCUGCCGCAUCUGUGCAGCAGCGCCUGCAGCAGCGCCGUGUCAUCCAUUCGAGCUGCGCGAACAGGCCCCCACCUUUCUGCUCUCGACUUGCAGUCAGUGCUCACCCUCACGCCCGCUCCUGCUCUGGUCACUGCAACAAAAACGUCACGCCUCGUGUGA